AGCUGCGCGAAGGAGAGAAGAGGAGGAAGAGGGGGAGAGACGGGGAAAGGGCGCAAGACAAACAGGGGAAAUCACAAUAAUGGAGUGGCGGAGGAAGAGGUUGGUUUCGCGAGCUCGGACUCUUCAUAUUUGACAUUUACAUUUUCUGUAAAUUGAAUGUAAAUUCUGUUUUAACGGGCUGUGCGCCGAUAUCUCCAGUAGCCUAGCUCACCUAGCUCAAGAAACCCUCCACAGAUGCAGCAAAUGCUACACGUAAACGGGGAUCCACCACUGGCACUAGGCAACGGUUUAUGAAUUCUGGUGGGCUUGAAUUAGAAUACUAAAGGACAUAUUUUGAAGGUAGCAUUGGUUGAGUAGAUUACAAAACCAUUCACCGUUUUACUGUGAAAUAUUGUAUUUUGGACUCCACUUGUUUUUUCCAAAAAGGAAAUGUUAGGCAUUAUAAAUGAUUAAUUAACAGUAUAUCUAUUCAUGUCUCAUUUCAACAAUGUGUAACCAUGUAGGUUCGCAGGUUGAAUGUACAAUGUUUUGGUAAAUUAAAAUAAAGGCUAGUUAAUAAUAAUAACAACAAUAAUAAUAAUAAUAAAUCAACGUCUUUGAAAUGGAUUUCUUCUGAAAAGCUACAUUGCUACCAAAUGACAAGCACACCUUUGGGAACUCGUGGAAACAACCAGAGACGAGCAAAAACUGUGAGUGAGUCACUGAAAUAAACUAAAGAAACCUAUAGUGGAAAACAUGUUGCCUUCACAAGAAGCCGCCAAGAUUUACCAUGACAACUACAUGCGGAACUCCCGUGCCAUCGGAGUACUCUGGGCCAUAUUCACCAUAUGCUUUGCCAUCAUCAACGUGGUUGUCUUCAUUCAGCCCUACUGGAUCGGGGACAGCGUGAGCACGCCGCAGGUGGGUUACUUCGGUUUGUUUCACCAGUGCGUUGGGAGUGGACCGCCCAACCGAGAGCUCGACUGCACGGGCAGCUUUACUGAGUUCAGCUCCAUCCCUUCCGGUGCCUUCAAAGCGGCCUCGUUCUUUGUACUGAUGUCCAUGAUUCUGAUUCUGGGCUGCAUCGCCUGUAUGGCGCUCUUCUUCUUCUGCAACACCGCCAGCGUCUACAAGACCUGUGCCUGGAUGCAGCUCCUAUGUGCUGUAUGCCUGGUGUUGGGCUGUAUAAUCUUUCCGAACGGCUGGGAUGCGGAGGUGGUGCGGGACCUGUGUGGGGAGGAGACGGGGAAGUAUACGCUGGGUAACUGCUCUGUCCGCUGGGCUUAUAUCCUGGCUAUUAUGGGCAUCCUGGACGCCCUGAUCCUGUCCUUCCUGGCCUUCGUUUUGGGGAACAGACAGAACGACAUGUUCCUGGAGGAACUCAAGGCUGACAACAAUAAAGAUUUCGCUGUGUCCAAGGUAAGUGACUUUAUUGAGGUCCGGGACAGAAGACGCGACCCAAGGUAUGUUGCAGUCCAGAGGUUCCACUGAGGAGCUCCUUGCCUUGGAUGACCGCACUCUUAGAGGACCGCUGCCUUGGGUGACCCCCCUCUGAGGGGAUCCUUGCCUUGGGUGACCCCCCUCUGAGGGGAUCCUUGCCUUGGAUGACCCCCCUCUGAGGGGAUCCUUGCCUUGGAUGACCCCCCUCUGAGGGGAUCCUUGCCUUGGGUGACCCCACCCUGAGGGGAUCCUUGCCUCGGAUGACCCCCCUCUCCUCUACUCCCUCUCAUCCAGUCAUCAGGCUAAUAUCCAACCAUGCGCAGACCACAUGUACAGCAUUCUGUAAUAUAAAACUGGGAGAAACUAUAUUUUACAUAGUAUUAUGUUGUAAAGUUCAUUAACACUACUAUAAAAAAAUGACUAUAUUUGCAUAUAAAAUGUGUCCAAAUGGAACUAUACUUUGCAGCUUUACAGAAAUAGACUCUGGGAAUUUAGAUACUGUACAUACAAGGCAAUGUAUAUAUUUGGAACGGUACAAUGAGCAGCAAACUAUAUAACCCUUCAAUGGAAAUUUUGUUCAGCGUAUUUCUACCCUUUGCAUAAUGAUUGGAGUACGAAAAGUAGAAUAAAGCAGAACAAUACAAACAUUUUGUAAACAUUUAAUAGACCCCAUAAAACUGAAGCGUUUGGAAAUGAUUCAUCUGAAACAGGGUAGGCUAAAGAAAUGAUUCAUCUGAAACAGGGUAGGCUAAAGAAAUGAUUCAUCUGAAACAGGGUAGGCUAAAGAAAUGAUUCAUCUGAAACAGGGUAGGCUAAAGAAAUGAUUCAUCUGAAACAGGGUAGGCUAAAGAAAUGAUUCAUCUGAAACAGGGUAGGCUAAAGAAAUGAUUCAUCUGAAACAGGGUAGGCUAAAGAAAUGAUUCAUCUGAAACAGGGUAGGCUAAAGAAAUGAUCUGGUACACUAGAUACAGUAGAUGUCAGGAAAACCUAUUUGAGAUCUUAGUCCUCUCAGAAGGAAGCCCUGUCUGCUGCAUUCCCCUCAGGUCCCUCAGCACCGAGACACUGGGGCCAUACGUCUCCACCACACCAUCCUAACAGGCUUUCUACUGCACAUUGCAGUGACCAACACGCACUGGGCCUGUGUGGAUUUAACCUGUUAACCCCACAAUGGGGAAAGAAUACUGGUAAAAAUCAUAAUCUAUGUAGAGGCAGUAUUUCUACCAACUUUAAUAUAUAUAUAUAUAUAUAUAUAUAUCAAAUAGCAUCUAGUGAAGAACUACACGUUUACUUCUUUUCCAUAAUCCUUGCUACACUGUACAGAGUUGUUGUAAAUUGAGAAGCUAAAUGCUAUGUUAUUAGGUGGCAGCCAAUUCUCAGGAAGCUGUACUGUAGGGGAGAGUGAGGUAUGUCUAGGAAACCAUACACAAAAUAAAUCAUCUUACUAAAUAUGUAGGAAGUCUGUGUGAAGGAAGAAACCACAUGGAAAAAAGUGAUAAGCAAGUUAGGUCCCAAAAAAUAACAGAUUUUCACAAAGUCAAAUAAAUGUAUUGUCUUACAGAUGAUGCUUGUAUCUAAACCAAAGUAGAUCAUUUUAAAACUGUUUUAUAUACAUCAGUUGGGGUCUUUAGAAGCUACAAUAUGUGGUCCUAAAUUUAGCAUGAAAGUGCAUCUUUGUAGCAAUGUGUGGUAAUAUAGUAAAAAGUGUUGCUUUGGGGUAAGUUGUGCCAUUUUACCAGGGGCAAGUUGAUCCAAUACAAAUGGUGAUUACAUUUUGUAAGUUUUAUGCAUAAUACGCAUAGUAUUCUGAAGAGACUUCAUAUUCAUGUGAUUUUCAAAUGAUGAAAAAUGCCUUCAUCAUUUGGGUUCGGCCACCUCUAGGCCACAAUUGAAGUGUUUUCUUCUCAGACGUAAUGCAAGGCAUAUGAGGUUACAUCAGGGUCUGAGCCUAUGUUAAAAGUGCUUUAAAAAGUACCAACUGUCAUACCAAGAAAUAUGUCCCUAUGCUUACCCUGUUCCUAUGCUCUGUUUACACCAUACCCGGAGUAAGUACUGCCAAGAGAACACUGUUUUAGGACAAGCUGUUUUCAAAAUUAUUAUGGCUAUGUGAAUUCUGAUUAUGUCACAACAUCCGGAAAUAUAUGCAUACAUCUUUAUUAGAAAUAAAAAACUAUAUUUCAUUUGACGUAGUGAUGUUAAAUGUAAAAGAUUCUCAACAUACCCCGCUCUCCAAUAAUGUAAGACACUAAAUUAAACACUACUGUUACUCCAGAAUAGAACCUUGGGUUUGAUCGGACAAACAUUGCUUUUGUAAAUAUCUGUUUCUCUCCUUUGUGUUGUUAUUUUGAUAGCUUGACAACUUGUUUUCCUUAACUUAAUGAGCACACUACUGUACCUACAGAUGGGUUACACAACCAGAGACAGUUUAUAUAACCAUAGAUGGGUUACAUAACCAACAACCCUUUUUUUUCUUCUGGCACCAAAGUAAGGUUGAGCUCUGAGUGCUGUCUUUGCCGCAUCACUCAACUCAGUGGGAGGCCUCUUUGAAUUACAGUCAAUUAACAGAGUCAAGGAGAACAGUGGGCUUCAACACAAGCACACAUAAAGAAACACUGGAAUAUACAGUCACUGGCCAGUUUAUUAUUUACCAUCUAGUACCGGGUCGGACACCCCCUUUGGAUCCAGAAUGGCCUGAAUUAUUUGGGGCAUUCUACAUGGUGUCAGAAGAGUUCCACGGGGAUGUUUGUCCUUGCAGACGCGAUGACAUCACGCAGUUGCUGCGGAUUGGACGGCGAUACGUUAAUUCCAUGUCAUCCCAAGGAUAUUCUGCUCUAUUGGGUGGAGGUCUGGGGACUGAGUGACCAGGCCACUCAAAUUGAACUCACUGUCAUGUUCCAGGCCAUGUUUUUCCACUCCUCAAUUGUCCAGUGUUAGUGAUCAAGUGCCAAAUGGAGCCGCUUCUCCUUGUUUUCAGCUGAUAGGAGUGGAACCCGGUGUGAUCGUCUGCAAUAGCCCAUCCAUGACAAGGAUCAACGAGUUGGGCUGCCUGUUAGCUUGCACGAUUCUUGCCAUUCUCCUUCGACCUCUCAUCAACGAGCUGUUUUCGCCAACAGGACUGCCGCUGACUAGAUGUUCUUUUUUUUUUAAAUCGCUACUAUUCUCGAUAAACCAUAGACACUGUCAUGCAUGAAAAGCCCAGGAGUGCGGUCAUUUCUUAUAUACUGGAUCCGGUGCGCCUGGCACCGAUGAUCAUACCACAUUCAAAGUUGCUUAGGUCACUAGUUUUUCCAAUUCUAACGUUCAAUUGAACAGUACCUGAAUGCCCUUGAUGCCUGUCUACCUGCUUUAUAUAACAAGCCACGGCAACGUGACUCACUGUCUGUAGAAACAAUCAAUUUUGGUGAAAAGGGUGGUGUAUCUAAUAGACUGGCCUGGCCGGUGAGUGUAUAUUACAGAUAUAUAAUUUCAACCCCAAAAAUUCUUAUGAGAUUUUAGAUAUCAGUUUGUACUUUUUAAAAUAUAUCUUACCAACAAAAAUGUUGACAAUAUGUUGCCAUCAUCUGAAAAAAUGUAUUAAUGACAAUCUGUGGAUUUGUUGUAUAUUGUACUAUAAUACUGUAUACCAGUGGUUCCCAAACGUUUAUAGUCCCGUACCCCUUCAAACAUUCAACCUCCAGCUGUGUAACCCCUCUAGCACCAGGGUCAGUGCACUCUCAAAUGUUGUUUUUUGCCAUCAUUGUAAGCCUGCCACACACACACUAUACAAUACAUUUAUCAAACAUAAGAAUGAGUGUGAGUUUUUGUCACAACCUGGCUCGUGACAAAGAGCUCUUAUAGAACCAGGGAACAAAUAAUAAUAUAAUAAUAAUAAUAAUAAUUUUUCUCUUUAUUUAACCACCUUACAUAUAAAACCUUAUUUGUUCAUCGAAAAUUGUGAAUAACUUACCACAGGUUAAUGAGA